UCCGAACCUGCCUGCCUGUCUGGCUGUCUUCUCCGACGUGGACACAGAAAUGAAGUAACAUGAAAAGUUUCUGGAACUUUUUCCAGGUGUUUACAGGAGAUCCGCAAGCUGUCGACAAGCCAACCGUGUGCGAAGUGUGACCUGAUUGGACUAAAAAUAACUUGGAGACUUUCUCACUGUCCCGCUAUGAAGAGCGCACUGUGAGGGCUCCAUCUCACUGAGGCUUUCUCUGCAAACAGGUGGAUUUCUGACUUAUUUGCUUAAGGUAUCUGAGGCUCAGGCAUGCCGGUGCCCCCUCCUCCUCCUCCUCCGCCUCCCCCAGCCGCCCCUCCGCCACCUCCCCCCAGCGCUGUACUGCCACAGUGUCCGUUGGAGCCUCCUAAGCUCCAGUCUGGCGGAGGAGGAGGAGGAGGUGGAAGGAAUGCCCUGCUGGCCGACAUCCAGAAAGGAGCCAGGCUCAGGAAAGUCACUCAGGUCAACGACCGCAGUGCCCCUGUUGUCGAUAAACCCAAGGCGAACACUGGAGAUGUAUCCGGAAACGUUGGUGCUUCUCAGGGCUCAUCAGGUGGGACGGCACCUGUGGGACCCUCUUUAAGUGGACUUUUUGCUGGAGGGUUCCCCACCCUAAGGCCCAUAGGACAAAGAGACUUAGUGGGCAAGACUCCAGUGUCCCGAUCGAGCUCUUCGGCCUCCAUGAAGCCGCUGUGGAAUCCUCCCACACCGUCCGACUCCGGCAGCCCUCCUGAGCCUCACAGGACAGUAGAGGUCCAGAGCUCCAUCCACCGCCUGCUCGCUCCCUCGUCCUCAGCUCCUCCGUCACCCUCUCACAGCAGCAAGCACCCGCCUCCUUUCCCUGCGUCGCCUCCGCCUCCGCCUCCGCCCGCCCCGACCUCCGCUCCUCCCCCGCCUCCUCCACCUCAGGCCUUCCAGGACCGGCCGGCCAACAGGCCUCCCCCUCUCCCCUCGUGUCCUCCCCCUCCACCUCCGUCCCAGGUUACCAAGCCCACAUGGCUCCCCAUCCAGCACUCUCACCACACAUCUAUCUCCCAGCCCUCCACUCCUCCGCCUCCACCUCCAGCUUUCCAGACUCCUUCACCUGUCCCAGGGGAUCGCUCCUCGGGGUGCUUCUACCCUCCACCUCCCCCCACGUUCUACUCAGAACCCUCAAGGUUCCCAAUUCUACGCGACAGCCCCCUAGGACCUCCUCCGCCACCUCCUCCUCCGCCUCUCCCAGCUUCCUUCACCCCCAGCUGCCCAUCCACCCUCCCUCCACCGCCACCCAAGCUGGCCCCAGUGGCCUCCCCAGCCAUGCGCUCUCUGCCGCCCUCAUACCCCUGCAACGCUCCCACUCGACGGCCACCAGCUGUUCCCAGAAGUGCCGGUGCGGGUCGGCUCGCUCCUCCUCCAGCUCCUCCGGCACGUUCCCCCUCCACAGAGUUGUCCACCCGCAUUCCUCCCCCUCCGCCGCCUCCCCCCCUGCCCCCAUCCAGCCUCAGGAACGGACACCUGCACAGCCUGGCAGAUGACUUUGAAUCCAAGUUCCAGUUCCACCCUGUAGAAGAUUUACCUCCGCCCGAUGAAUUCAAGCCUUUCCCUCGGAUCUACCCCAGCAAAGAAAACAGAGUGAACCCCAAACCUCCUGCGAUCAGGACACACCUCAGAUGAGUCACCCUGUUCUUCAUCCCCGACCCACAGCAAAGAGACUAUUCCUCCUCCGUCUUCCGACAGCUCAUGACAAUAACAUAACUGCCAUGGACUUGUUUAGAUAGAGGUGUUUUUGUGUGCGUGUUGUUUGUGUUUAUUGUGUGUGUGCAUAUGAAAGUGUCAAACAGGGUCCCAUCUUACACUGACUAUGUGACCUCUGAGCUUUUCCAGUGUGGAAUGUUUUGAAUGUGAGGAAGAGGAGGAGGGUUCGCCCCACUAAUACUCAUAAGCUGCACACAGACUCUACACACACGUAUACUCCAAGGACAGUGUCUUCCAGCAACUAUAUUUAACAUGACUCUUGACACAGUGUGUAACACUUCAUUACCGACAUACAGUAUAGAAAACUCAUUUGCGAUGAUGUGUUGUAGCACUUUUACAAAGCCACAAAGGUGUAAAACUCUUUCACAUGCCUACAAACUGGAGUCCAGGGGAGAUGCUGCUCAACUGCAAAGAUUGUAUAAAUGUGUCAGGACAUUAUCCAAUACUGCUGCCUUUUCAAAGUGAUGCUUAAAUGCUCAAGCAAGACGAUCCUCUCCAGAAGUUUGUGUGCAACAAGUAGGCCUAAUUUCAGUGUAAAAGUCAAUGUGAAACCAUGAUUGCAUGUGAAUUUGUGUUCAUUUUUCACUUGCGCCUUCAGGGUAUACUUACCGUCGGUGUUCAUGAAGCAUCGUACAUACAGUGUAGUGGUGCUCUCCUGUGUUAUUGUGACUUUUUCUUUUUCAGAGAAUGUGAUGGGACAAUUACUGACAUUGUGAGGAUUGUUGGAAUGCAUCGGUUUUAAAUGACACUGAAUUGUUGGCUUGAAUAAUAGAUAAUAAGUGAGGUAUACUGUUUCCUUUCUUUAUGUAUUAACCAAGACUAACACGUGGGAAGACAGUGCCACCUGCUGGUUGAAUGUGUGACCACCAAGUAAAACCAAAGUAUCUUUGUUUAA